AUGACACGUUAUUUUUAUAAUUAUUCAUCUUUGAUUUUUUUUUAUUGUUAUUUUCUUUUUUAUUCUUUCCUUUCUUCCUUUUUCUUUUUUUUUUAUUCGUCCGUCCUUUUCUUCAUUAUUCUCCUUUUCAUCUUUCUUUUCUUUUUUCUUAUUCGUCAUUUCUUUCUUUUUCCUUUUCUUUUUUUCUUUUCAUUUUUUUCUGAUUCGUCUGCCUUUAUCAUUUUUUUUGGCUUUUCUUCUUUUUUCUUUUUUUUUAUUCGUCAUUUCUUUCUUUUUUAUGUUCUUUUUUUCUUGAUACGCUUUUCAUUUACCUUUUCUUUUUUCUUUUUCUUAUUCGACUUUUCUUUUUCUUUUUCUUUUCUUUUUUCUUAUUCGUCAUUUCUUUUGUCUUUUCUUUUUUCUUAUCCGUCAUUUCUUUUGUCUUUUCUUUUUUCUUAUUCGUCAUUUCUUUUGUCUUUUCUUUUUUCUUAUUCGCUUUUUCUUUUUUUCUUUUUUUUCUUAUUCUUCAUUACUUUUUCCUUUUCUUUUUCCUUUUUUCUUAUUCGUUGUUUCUGUUUUCUUUUCUUUUUCUUUUCAUUUUUAUUAUUCGUCACCAACUUUUUCUUUUCUUUUUCACAUUCUGCAUUUCUUUUUUCCUUUUCUUUUUUUUUCUUAUUCGUCAUUUCUUUCUUUAAUGUUUUUUUCUUAUCCGUCAUUUUUUUUCUUUUUUCUUAUUUUUCAUUUCUUUUUUUUCCUUUGCUUUUUUCAUUUCUUUUUCUCAUUCUUAUUUCUGUUUUUUUCUUUUCAUUUUUAUCAUUCAUUUCCUUUUCCUUUUUUUUCUUUCUCGUUAAAUUUUGUCGAUUCAGUUUUCUUAUUCAUUUUUCUGUUUUCUUUUUUUAUUAUUCAUCAGUUCCUUUUGCUUUUCUUUGA